GUGGGACGGGUCGGUGUCUCCCUUGGCCCCAUCCUGGGUCUAGUUGUCCCCAGCGAGGCCCCAGGCCGCCCCGGGAGCGGGAAGCGGUGGCCGACCCUGGAAGGUAUUUCGGACCGCCUCGACUUGUCGGAGGACUCGAGGGCGCCCGGGCACGAAUGCCCACCGUUUCUGGACGCGUGCUGCGAGCUGUAGGCCAUGCAUGGGACCUCACAGCCGCCCCACCCCGACCCCUUGGUGGAGGACGGACGGCCUUGAAUGAUCAUGGAUUUUCCAGGACACUUUGAACAGAUCUUCCAACAGCUGAACUACCAGAGACUUCACGGCCAGCUCUGUGACUGCGUCAUUGUGGUAGGGAACAGGCAUUUUAAAGCUCACCGCUCUGUGCUGGCAGCAUGCAGCACGCAUUUCCGUGCCCUGUUCUCGGUGGCAGAGGGCGAUCAGACCAUGAACAUGAUCCAGCUGGAUAGUGAGGUCGUCACGGCGGAGGCCUUUGCCGCACUGAUGGACAUGAUGUAUACCUCUACCCUCAUGCUGGGGGAGAGCAACGUCAUGGAUGUCUUGUUGGCAGCCUCUCACCUGCAUCUGAACUCUGUCGUUAAGGCCUGUAAACAUUACCUGACGACAAGGACGCUGCCCAUGUCGCCCCCCAGCGAGCGUGUUCAAGAGCAGAGUGCCCGUCUGCAGCGUUCUUUUAUGCUGCAGCAGCUGGGUCUGAGCAUCGUGAGCUCGGCCCUCAGUUCCAGCCAGGGCGGCGAGGAGCAGCCGGCACCCAUGAGCUCUUCCCUGCGCAGUAACCUGGACCAGCGGACACCUUUCCCCAUGCGACGCCUUCACAAGCGCAAGCAGUCUGCAGAGGAGCGAGCCAGACAGCGCCUGCGACCCACCAUGGACGAGUCGGCCAUUUCAGAUGUUGCCCCAGAGAAUGGGCCUCCAGGGGUUCAUUCUCGGGAGGGGUUCUUUUCACCAGAUUCCCUGAAAAUGGUGGAUAACCCAAAGGCUGACGGCCUGACAGACAGCCAGGAAGACAGCACCAUCAUGUUUGACCAGUCUUUUGGUGCUCAGGAAGAUGCCCAGGUGCCCAGCCAGUCUGACAACAGUACUGGCAACAUGGCCCAGCUGUCCAUGGCCUCACGUGCUACCCAGGUGGAGACGACUUUUGAGCAGGAAGCCACAAGUGAGAAAAAUGGGUUCCAGUGUGAAAACCCCGAGGUUGGCCUUGGGGAGGAGCACGUGAGGGUGGUGGUAAAAUCGGAGCCCCUGAGCUCUCCUGAGCCUCAGGACGAAGUGAGCGAUGUGACCUCCCAGGCUGAGGGCAGCGAGUCCGUGGAAGUGGAAGGAGUCGUGGUCAGUGCUGAGAAGAUAGACCUCAGCCCAGAAAGCAGCGACCGAAGUUUCUCAGAUCCCCAGUCUAGCACUGACAGGGUGGGAGACAUCCACAUACUGGAAGUCACAAAUAACCUAGAGCAUAAGUCUGCUUUCAGCAUUUCAAAUUUUCUGAACAAGACCAGAGGAGGGAGCUUUAGCACAAGCCAGAACAGUGACGACAACAUCCCCAACACCACCAGUGACUGCCGGCUGGAGGGGGAGGCCUCUUACUUGUUGAGCCCUGAGGCUGGGCCUGCAGGUGGGCCUUCCUCGGCGCCUGGUUCUCACGUGGAGAACCCAUUUAGCGAGCCCACAGACUCCCGUUUUGUUAGGCCUAUGCCAGAAGUAAUGGGCCUGCCCUGUGUGCAGACUUCAGGCUACCAAGGAGAACAGUUUGGGAUGGAUUUUUCCCGAUCUGGUUUGGGCCUCCACUCCUCCUUCUCCAGGGUAAUGAUGGGCUCCCCAAGAGGAGGAGCCAGUAACUUCCCAUAUUACCGCCGCAUUGCCCCCAAAAUGCCGGUUGUAACCUCCGUCAGGAGCUCACAGAUCCCCGAAAACCCCACCAGCUCCCAGCUAAUGAUGAAUGGGGCCACAUCCUCAUUUGAAAGUGGGCAUCCUCCCCAGCCGGGUCCUCCGCAGUUGACCAGGGCUUCUGCUGAUGUCCUGUCCAAGUGCAAGAAGGCCUUAUCGGAGCACAAUGUUUUGGUCGUAGAGGGCGCACGCAAGUAUGCCUGCAAAAUCUGCUGCAAGACUUUCCUGACCUUGACAGAUUGUAAGAAGCACAUUCGUGUUCACACAGGUGAAAAACCCUACGCCUGCUUAAAGUGUGGCAAGAGGUUUAGCCAGUCCAGCCACCUGUAUAAGCAUUCUAAGACAACCUGCCUGCGCUGGCAGAGCAGCAAUCUGCCCAGCACUUUGCUCUAACCCUGCCCCUGAGGUGGUGCUGAGGUGAAGUGGCAGGAUGGAACAUACGUCUCUGUUGGUAGGAGGGUAAGGCCAUGGGGUUUGAGCUUCAGGCUGCAGCAGCUCUUGGGCAUUUGGACGGUAGAGACGAAUAGAUGCAGUACUUGUGCUGCUACAUUUCUGCACCGCCAAAGUUCAUGACUUGGCACAAGGAUGUGAUCCCUGGAGCCAAGUGGAGUAAAAGAAUUUGUAAUUGAUGUCGUUCAAGGUGGCAGAUUGAAAAAUUGAAGUGCAAAAAAAAUUUUUUUUUAGCAAUUUUUGUAGAACUCUGUGAAGCAUUUAAUUAAAUUUCCUAUACCCUCUGACAUGGGCAAAAGAUGUGGCAUUGUGCUUCCAUAAAGAUUAUAGCUUUGGAAACCCUAUGAAGCAGUUCUACUCUCUCUGUAGGGUGUGAAUCGACUAGACGGCAGUGGGUUUUACACCCAUGUAGAAAUAUUACAUACCUGGACAGUGAUGCAAAACGCACUUCUGUGUAACCAGUGGCGCCUGCGCUCUGGUCUGAAAGGAAAGCCUUUGAGGACGCGCCUGUCUGCCACACUGCUUCAAAGUGUAUCCUGAGCUAGGUUAGGCCCCGGAAAGUACUGUAUUUUUCAUUUUGGUCCGAUUUGCAGUCAGACACUGCACUUCCAUGGUGCUGACACUGUGUCCAGGGUGAGCAUUCUCUUGGACUACAAGGUGUAUAUACUUUUGAGUACAUUACUGUUAAAGAGUUUUAACAAUUUCCCUGGAUUUAAAAAGGCAAUUGGAAACACAUUGUGAACUUUUAAGAGUAACAAGAUACUGUUUCUGUGGGUGCUGUAGUAGCAGUAUUUUAACCAAUGUGUAUUACAGAUGUUAAGUCAAAAAAAAAAAAAAAAGCUAGUGUUUGUCUUUGUUCUGAUGCCCCAGUCACGUUUUGUGGGACCUUUCAUGGCACAUUUGCCCUUUUGCCUGGGCCAGAUGCCAGGGUAGACCUGUCCUGUCUGACACAUCUCAGCCCUGGGCCAUCCUAUUCUCUGCUGCUGCUGCUCUGCACACACUCCCAGGCCCCAAGUGGCAUCUUCACAGCCAAGCUUGCUUUAAUAAUAUGUUAACCCAAACAUAACGUCAGCGUCCCCCUGCCCUGGCUUUAUCACUAACAUAACUGAUUUCACAGUACAGCACAGGUCCUGCGUCUUUGUAGUUGUUGCUUUCCUCAUCCACUCCUGAACGGGUGAAUGAUCUGAAACCUACAGGUUGCAGUGUUCACAAACACAUUCCCAGCCUCAUGGCCUAGAAGGCUCCAACUAGCACGUGAGACUGUCAAAGGCAGCAUUGGGUCACUGCCCAGGUCCUCGGUGUGACCCGUGGCAGCCUUUCCCCAACCACAUCUUCUUGUCCCCUGGUAACAGCCAUCAGGGCUGUUGGGGGCUUGUUUGGGGCUGAACCUGGCUUGUGCACUUCCGGAGGAACAGCUUAGUUUCUAAUGCAUAGCAGUAGAACUCAUGACAUCAUAGUUUGACUCAUGAAAGCACGUGUUCAUUUUUUCUUUUUUAAAAAAAUAUAGCCUUUUUAGAGAUACCAAACCAUUGUGCAUAAUUCAGAGAAGCCCUUCAAGUCUUAUGUUUAGAAAGCUAAGUGUGUAUGUAUAACCUGAGACACAAUGGGUCUUUGCUUUCUCCUUGUACUCUAAUGUAUACAUUUCCACAUGUCUGUAGAUUAACCGGGAAUGCUUAUAGUCGGGCUUAGUUCCCCCUAAGAACUGGCUCCCAGGGAGGCAAGUCUCUGUGGUCCCUCUCCUUUGAAGCACACAUGGACAAGAGACCUUUGGAAGAUACGGGGUUGCCAGCGAUGCUCAGUUCUGACUCAAUGUGAGGGGACUACAUCUAAAAUGAGGGGUGGGGGGGACCAGUGAUUUUUGAGGUACUUAACUUUGGGAGGGAAGCAGGUCAGCAUGAAGAGCAAGAGAGGGCGUCUGAAGAGCUGUUCUUCUUCCCUUCCAUUGGCAGGAGGACCCAGAGCCGGUCUCUCACCUCAGCUAGCGACUUAAGUGGACUUUGUUUGGGGUCCCUCAGAGAGCUCCUGGAGUCCUGCCUCUCCACUGCUAGAUAGAACCUGGAGUCUCAUCUACCUCUUAAUCCUUUUGUUUCUAUGGGGGAGAAGCAAGCUUGUAGACCUGUGUCCUAGUACGUGCGGCAGCACUUAAAACAUCAUUCAAAGGGUCACUGGACAACCAGUCCCUGGGCUCCUCUGACCCUUGCUUUCUACCUGAAUUUUGAUUGGUUAGCCUUAAAGCCUGACAUAAUCCUGUAGAAUCCUUUGGUGAUCAAAUCCUAUCUAUCAGGGCAUCCUGCCAGUGGUGCUAUUAAGUUGCUCCAAGUUUGAGAUUUUGAAAUAAAAAAAUUUGUCAUAGUUAUGCUUCAAACUACUAAAUAUGUGUCCUUUUUUUUUUUUUCCUUGCUUAGGCUAUUGAGAUUAAAACCUAAAAGGGAAAUAAACAUUUUCAUCUCGGCUA